AUGACAGUCCUGCUGCCGUCCUUCAUCGCGGAUGGCAAUUGGUUCCUGCUGGCUCUCGUCGUCCCUGUGGCUGCUCUUAUGGCGCUGACUCACCCUCGGUCGUACAAAUAUGGUAGUGGUGACAUGUCCAGCUCUGGUGCUUCUAACCGCAAGUACUUCCUUUGGACACUGCUCGUCUUGAGCUCCACCUUCUUUGUCCUCGGCGUCUCAUUGGAGCUCUAUUACGCCCACGGAUGUCCCAAUAGCACCACUUUUCACUAUGAAAUUGAGCUGUUGGCGCGUUUUGUGUACGAAAUGUGUCGACGUCAGCACGUGCCCUACUGGGUGGCAUUUGGGAACUUGUUAUUCGUUACGAGAGGUCAACACCGCAUUCCAGUGGGGGAUACCGACUCGGACAUUGGGAUGCUCAAGACGGACUUUUUGCAGCAAUUUGAAAGUGUCCGUAAUUUCUCCACGGUCGUACAAAAAGAGGCAACUUUGGAGCUGCAGAGACCUGUGCACGUGGUGUACCACUCGGAGCGAGAGUUGGUGCAGUUGUUCUUGGAUCAAGGAGCAAAAGGCUCUCAUGCCGAUAUCUGGUUGUAUCGACAAGAAGUGGAUGCAAAGACCGGUGUCAAGUGGCUCGUCAAUGACGAUCGUACAAUUCGAGGCCAAUUUUUGUUGUACGACCAAGUGCUGCCUCUGCACGAUGAACCCGCAUUCUUUUUGAACGUACCGGUGACAGUCCCUCGUAACGCGAGUUACUUGGCUCGAGCUGAGUACGGCUCGUCGUACAUGACGCCAAUUACUGUGAGAAUGGAGUGUAUCGAGAACGUGCUGAAUGGGUACACGUUCUACAAGACGUCAGUGCUGACGAAACUUCGGUAUGGUGCUACUUUUGUCGCGCUUGUUGCAGUUGUAACGCUCCUAGCUGCAAAAUGUAUCCGGCCGUUGCGUCGCGCCUUACGGACUAAAGCAGGAGCAAAGCCAGAGGCAGACAAGAAAGGAGCUGACAAGUACUUUGUCUGA